AUGACCUUAUCAAAACAUGUGGAUGCGGAACACCUAGAAGAAGUGUUAUUGAAAAGAAGCAAGAAAACUGCAUUAAGUCAGCACGAACAAUAUAUCGAUUCUUAUAGCGCAAACAAAAGUGUCCCGAAAUACACGAUUCCUGAACAUUCAUCAUCGAGUGAUUUGAUUUACGAUUAUUUGACCGAAGAAUUGUCUUUAGAUGGCAUUCCUACUUUGAAUUUAGCCUCUUUCGUUAACACUGAUGUUGACGAAACUCCCUUGAAGCUCAUUACUAAGAAUAUUGUCAAGAAUUUGGCUGAUAACGACGAGUAUCCUUCAUUGAUCGAAUUCCAGAAAAGAUGCGUGUCUAUCUUGAGUAACUUAUGGCAUGCCCCCUACACAGAGAUCGAUGGCCUGAGAGUUACUCAUAGCAUCGGUACUGCUACUACAGGCUCUUCUGAAGCUGUUAUGCUCGGGGGCUUGGCUUUAAAAAAAAGAUGGCAGGAGAAGCAAAAAGCUAAAGGAAAGUCGACGGAAAAUCCGAAUAUUAUAAUGGCAUCUUGCGUUCAAGUUGCUUUAGAAAAGUUUGCCAGAUACUUUGACGUUGAAAACAGACUAAUUAGAAUUGACGAGGAAUCAGGUCACACAAUUGAUACCACAAAAAUUGCUGAAAAUGUAGAUGAAAAUACUAUUGGAAUAUUUGUUAUAUUAGGAUCGACUUUUACUGGAGCUUUUGAGCCUGUGGAACAAAUUGCAAAAAUAUUGGACAAAGUGGAACAAGAGAGAGGAAUUGACGUCAGAAUUCAUGUUGACGGAGCUUCUGGUGGUUUCGUUGCACCAUUUUUAUAUCCUCACUUGAAAUGGGACUUUGCGGUUGAUAGAGUUGAUUCAAUUAAUACGUCGGGACAUAAAUACGGUUUAACUACAGCUGGUUUAGGUUGGGUGAUUUGGAGAAAUGGAAAAGUUCUUCCGGAUAGCUUGAAGUUUUCGUUGGACUACUUAGGAGGACAAGAAGAAACUUUUGGAUUGAAUUUUUCAAGAGCAGGGUUUCCAGUAAUCCAUCAGUACUACAAUUUUUUGACCUACGGAAGAGAAGGGUAUUGUAAGAUUUUUCAAGGUUGUCUUUCCAAUGCGAGGUUGUUUUCAAACUUUUUGGAAAAAUCUUCAUACUUUGAAGUCUUGUCUGUUAUUCACAAACCCCUCAAGAAUCCUAGCGAAGUAUAUGAUCGGGAGAUUGUGGAUGACAGUAAAUAUUUCCAUGGUCUUGAUACCCAUAAAUAUUAUCCAGGAUUGCCAGUCGUUGCAUGGCGAUUCUCAAAGACCGUCAGAGAUAAGUAUCCUGAGAUUCCUCAAUCUAUUUUCUCACUCUUAUUGAGAAACAAGGGAUACAUAGUUCCGAAUUAUCAUUUGCCGCCAGAUGAGCAUGAAAAGGAGAUUUUAAGGGUUGUUGUUCGUCACUCAAUGAGCUUGAACUUAUUAGAUAAACUCAUGCAAGACUGUGUCACGACUGCUGAAUAUUUAAUUGGUGCUUGUGAGAAUGCGCGUUCCAUUGUUAGAACACAAGCUCAGAGUGCUGAAGAAGAGGCAGAUGUUGUAUACAAAGUCUUGCUUUCGCUUGCCGCAAAUGGAUUGGAAGACUUGGAUAGCAUCCAACAAACGAGUUUGCAAAAACCGGGCAAAGUUGGUACUGUUGGCUUUCGUAGUACCUGUUGA